ACAUCACCACUAACAAUUGCUUCCUUGCCCAUCGGUUAUGAAAUUCGACGGAACCAGCAAAUUUAGGUUCGAUGUAAUCCAGCAAAUAGAGAAAGGACGAGCUUCUCUUAUCCCCAAAUUAUCCGAAACUUCUCUCCUCCGGUACGGAGAGACUCCGAAAUGGCUCUCCCCUGCUUUAGUUCCCCUUCGAUUCUCACUUCUAUGUCCUUCCUUCUCAACAGCAACCUUGCCUGUGGUCACCUCUUCACUGUCAAGGUUGCAGAUUAAGCCAAUUGAUUUCCGUCUGAAAUCUUUCAAUGGGGUCAUUGUUCUUGCACCGUCCGUCUUCAAGAAAAGAUUUCCGACGACUGUGAAUGCAUCUUCUACAAUCAACGGAACGAGUCUCACUAAUGAUGGCGAACUGCCGCCAGAAACCGAGGAUGAAGCCGUGCCUGUUGACAAACUACCUUUGGAGUCAAAGAUGCAGCAGAGGCAGGCGCAGAAGCUAAGGAUGACGCUUGCCAAGAAAAUUAGGCUCUGCCGAAGGUAGCUUCUGCGUAAGCAGAAGAUGAGGAAGAAGGGCAGAUGGCCGCCAUCCAAAUGAAGAAGUUGAAGAAUGUCUGACGUUUGGCAGGUUUUAUGCUGACCCCUUUUUUUCGUAUUGUCAUCUUGAUUAGUCCAUGCAAGUUUCUACACAUUAUUUUGUUUAAUGUUGUUUGUUAAGAUGUAAUUCCUCUCUUCAAAUGUUUAAAGUAUCUCAGUAGAUAUGUUGAUUUUGAAUUGUUGUAUUGAAAUUGAAAAAACGUGGAUUGAGUUUCAUUUCUCUGCUCAUUUUUGUUUAAGCAUAAAGCCUAUGGUUAAUA